ACGCGCGGGGGCGCGCCUGCCCACCGCUCCCGGCAGGGCUUUUGGUGGCCAUGGGGGAUAACGGGCGUUGACUCACCCGGGCGGGGCUCCGAGAGUUGCACAGCCCAAGGCAAAUGUCAUGGCCUGUGCUGUGGGGGUUUCUGGAGGACUUCUAGGAAAAUGAGGGAAGAGCAGGAAAAGGCGACAUGGCUGCAGGGGCCAGGCCCAGGAGCCCGCCCUCCACAGCACUCAUUCUGCAGAAGGGAAACUUGAGGCCCCCAGACGGCAGGGGUUGAUCCUGCAGAGACUGGCCCUGUGCCUCCCUCUACAGCCCUCAGGGAGCUCAUUGAGGAGCUGGUCAACGUCACCCAGAACCAGAAGACCCCGCUCUGCAAUGGCAGCAUGGUGUGGAGCACCAACCUGACAGCUGGUGUGUACUGUGCAGCCCUGGAAUCCCUGAUCAAUGUGUCAGGCUGCAGUGCCAUCGAGAAGACCCAGAGGAUGCUGAGCGGAUUCUGCCUGCACAAGGUCUCAGCUGGGCAGUUUUCCAGCUUGCAUGUCCGAGACACCAAAAUCGAGGUGGCCCAGUUUGUAAAGGACCUGCUCUUACAUUUAAAGAAACUUUUUCGCGAGGGACGGUUCAACUGAAACAUCGAAAGCAUCAUUAUUUGCAGAGACAGGACCUGACUAUUGAAGUUACAGAUUCAUUUUUCUUUCUGCUGUCAAAAAUGUCUUGGGGAGGUGGGAAGGAGGGUUAGGGAGCGGGUAAAAUUCCUUAGCUUAGACCUCAGCCUGCGCUGCCUGUCUUCAGCCUAGCCCACCCCAGCCUUCCCCUUGCCCAGGGCUCAGCCUGGUGGGCCUCCUGUGUCCAGGGCCCUGAGCUCGGUGGACCCAGGGAUGACAUGUCCCUACACCCCUGCCCUGCCCUAGAGCACACUGUAGCAUUACAGGGGGUGCCCCCCUUGCCACACAUGUGGUAGGAGAGGGACCCACUUCACACACAGGCAACUGAGGCAGACGGCAGCUCAGGCCCAUUUCUUCUUGGCCUUAUUUAUUAUUGUGUUAUUUAAAUGAGUGUGUUUGUCAGCGUUGGGGAUUGGGGAAGACUGUGGCUGCUGGCACUUGGAGCCAAGGGUUCAGAGACUCAGGGCCCCAGCACUAAAGCAGUGGACACCAGGAGUCCCUGGUAAUAAGUACUGUGUACAGAAUUCUGCUACCUCACUGGGGUCCUGGAGCCUCAUCCGAGGCAGGGUCAGGAGAGGGGCAGAACAGCCGCUCCUGUCUGCCAGCCAGCAGCCAGCUCUCAGCCAACGAGUAAUUUAUUGUUUUUCCCUGUAUUUAAAUAUUAAAUAUGUUAGCAAAGAGUUAAUAUAUAGAAGGGUACCUUGAACACUGUGGGAGGGGACAUUGAACAAGUUGUUUCAUUGACUGUCAAACUGAAGCCAGAAAUAAAGUUGGUGACAGAUA